ACGCGGCCAAAAUAUCUCCUUUGUUUCUUUUUUUGGCCUUUUCCGCCAAGCAAACGCACUUUUCCCACUCUUGCGAACGGAAGCCUCCGCCGUCGUCCGCCACCUGACUCUCGUAUCCUGUGAGCUCAGCCGCCGCUCGCGCCUUCUUCCUCCUCUCACGUGCCGUCGCCAUCGUCAGUCUGCAUCUUUCUCUGUUUCCAGUCAUCUUCUGGAUAUAUAUAUAUUUAUUUAUAUGUGCAAAGACUUGCGUUUUCCUCGCGUUCCAUUUGCUUUCUCCGCACGCUCCGUGUUGUCUCCUCUUCCUUCCUCCCCCUUCGUCGCGAUCUCGAGGCGUGAACGAAGAUGGAGAAGUACGAGGUUGUGAAGGAUCUCGGCGCCGGUAACUUUGGCGUCGCUCGGUUGAUGAGGAACAAGGAUACCAACGAGUUCGUCGCAAUGAAGUACAUCCCCAGAGGCCAAAAGAUCAAUGAGAACGUUGCUAGGGAGAUCAUCAAUCACCGGUCUCUGUGUCAUCCCAACAUCAUUCGGUUCAAAGAGGUGCUGCUGACGCCGACGCACCUGGCGAUCGUGAUGGAGUACGCCGCCGGUGGAGAGCUCUUCGAGCGCAUCUGCCUCGCGGGAAGGUUCAGCGAAGACGAGGCGAGAUUUUUCUUUCAGCAGCUCAUCUGCGGCGUGAGCUACUGCCAUGUCAUGCAAAUUUGCCACCGGGAUCUCAAACUGGAGAACACCUUGCUCGACGGCAAUCCUGCGCCGCGAUUGAAGAUCUGCGACUUCGGCUACUCCAAGUCGUCGGUGCUCCACUCCCGCCCCAAGUCGACGGUGGGCACGCCAGCAUACAUCGCCCCUGAAGUCCUCUCUCGGCGCGAGUACGACGGCAAGAUGGCUGAUGUAUGGUCGUGCGGAGUAACACUCUAUGUGAUGCUGGUGGGAGCAUAUCCAUUCGAAGACCUUGAAGAUCCGAAGAACUUCAAGAAGACAAUGGCGAGGAUAGUUUCUGUGCAAUACAAAAUACCAGAAUAUGUGCACAUUUCGAGAGAUUGUAGGCAACUACUCUCCAGGAUACUUGUUGCUGAUCCAUCAAAGAGGAUAACGAUAAGUGAAAUAAGGAAGCUCCCUUGGUUCUUGAAGAACUUGCCUAGGGAGCUAACAGAAGUAGCUCAAUCAAUGUACUACAAGAGGGAUACCACCAACCUUUCCUACUCGCCCCAAAGUGGGGAGGAGAUAAUGAGCAUUGUCGAGGAGGCAAGAAGCAUCGUUCCAUCGUUGUCUACGGCUUUGUCAGACUUGGGUUUUGCAAAGGAAGAUGAGUUGGAGGGUGGCUUACAAAUGAAACCGGAGACUAAAGAGGAAGAUGAAGAAGAUGAUGAUGAUGAGUAUGAGAAGAGGGUGAAGGAGGUUCAUGCUAGUGGAGAAUAUAUGCAAUUGGUAAAUUAAAGGGACAAAAAGAGAAUGUGGAAGGGGAGAAAAAGAAGACUAAUGGUAUAAUUCUCUUACAUUACUUUUUGCUCAAUCUGAUCUUGUUUGUUGUUGUAUUGUAUGUUUGUUGCAUAACUAAGUGAGAACACUCUGUAAUUAUUAAUGUCAAUAAAAAAGCCUUUUGUUUCAUGCAA